AUGAAACUUGCAACAGCAAGGGGAUAUUUGAAGAGCUGUCAUUUAGCCAUUUUCCUCCUCUAAAUACUUCUAUUCUUGCUUACAUUUUUGGGUAAUGUUCUGGUAAUGAUUGCUCUCCAUGAAGUGACCAGCCUUCAUCCUCCAUUUAAACUACUUCUUAGCUGUCUGGCGAGCACGGACCUGUGUGUGGGUCUCACGACUCAGCCACUCUUCAUCUUGGUGCUGUGGACCCAGGAGCACUCAACUCCUUGUUUUUUCGUAAAACUCAUUGCUCAUAUCAUGGCAACAAUUUUUGGAGGAGUGUCCCUGGCCACACUUACAGCGAUCGGCAUAGACCGACUCUUAGCUCUUCUACUGGGCGUCCGAUACCGGCAAGUGGUCCAAACUGAUGCGUACCUAAGAGAAUCGAACAGAAUUCCAACCCGUUGCCCACAGUUUACGGGGCGAUACAGAAAAACAGUAUCAAGUGCAUUAUGUGUCCAAGUAUCAAUGGUGUUGUGUUAUCUUCCAUACGGAACGCUCGUUAUCGUUUUUGCAAUGACUGGAAUACAGUCGCCAGCUUUAGAUUUUGCAUGGGCCGUCACAGUAACUUUGAUUUUCUUUAACUCAACUCUAAAUCCGUUUCUUUAUUGUUGGAAAAACAGAGAAGUGAAGCAAGCAGUGAAGGAAAAGAUUAGACACAUUUGCUUUUUCUUAAAUUGACUGUCUAAACAAAGCAUCGAAAGCAAUCAACACGGCCAAAUAAUAUCAUCAGCUGAUAUUCCUUGUUCUUGCGCGACGAAAAUUUUCCAAAAAUUCAAGGGCUGUCGCACAAGUAGCGAUCUAAUUCAACCUUGUCUUAAUUUUGGCAAAUCGUAGGCCUUGCGUCUGCGAAGAAUCUUAGCUUGAAACUUUGAAUUUCAUCCCUGCUCCCUUCCAUAAGAAUUACGGAUAGGCUAUAUCUCUCUGUAAGGCUCUCGUGUUGCUCAAACCCCCAAGAUGAGCGCCAACAUCGAUGUCUUCAAUUAAAAUAAU